CACCAUAAGACGAUAACGUCGUGAACAGUCAAGACUCGUGCAGUGGAUCAUAGUUAGCGGCAGGUUGAAUUUUAACAUGCAAUCAUGACGAUUUGGGUGGAUGACAUUCCUUACGCCGAAAGCCGUCUACGGGACUUGAGUAGAGCCCUUCCCAGAGUGAUUGGUACGACUGAGGAGGAAGUUCUGACGAAAAAUUUCAAUUUGAUCAUAGACAGGCUCAUCGAUACUGCAUUGGAUCUCUCGAUUAGCUCGGGACAUCGAAGUGCAGCCAUCAAUACGAUUUGCUCCGUUGUUGGGUGUUCUAAGUUGCUGCCAGAAAGCCCGUCUGUAUCGCAGAAUGCUUGGUUUAGGUGCCUCUCCAUUCUACUCGACAGAUCAGACAGAACCAAAUCAAGGCCUCUGCGGCAGCUGCUAAUAUGUUUGACGGAUGCACUUAACGAUUUUCCAAACGACGAGAAGGACCUCAUCGUCGAUCUGACCACGGACGAUGUUUUGCAAAUUUUGCUGCAGCAAUCAGACCAUGUCAAAGCAAAACCAGCGUUGCAUAUCUUGACCAACCUGCUUUCAAAAGACAUAUUGGGCAUCAAGAAUUUGAUUGAGCAUUGCAGAAAGGUUCGGAACUCUUCAUGUCCCGACGUAGCUCCAUCUCCAUCGGAUAUUGUCGAGCUGCAAUGGGUACUGCAAAUCAUUUUCGGUUGGGUCCGUUCGGGGGACACGUCGAUUGCUGCGGGACAAGCAGGGCGCACGCUUGUUAAAAGUAUUCUGAAAUGUCGAGACAUUGAAAUUCCUGCUUCGAAUCCACUUUGGGUCCUACCACUGAUACGAGUUCUUAAAGAGAACGUGGAUGAUCUUCACAACUUUCGCUCGCAUCUACUACCAGAACUUUUUAAGAGUCAAAUUUCGCAUUAUCGGCAUUUCCUUACAGCUUUAGGCUUAGAUCGUGUACUCGGGCCCAGGAAUGAGCUGGGGGUGUCAGAUAUCGAUGCGACAGACGCAAGAAUUCUCUUCACCUGUCUCGAAGUUGGUAAGGAAGCCGGCAUCGUCAUCGACUCUGCUGUACAUGAAGUCCAAAUUCACAACGACAUGGUACAUAUCCCGGAAACGGCGCUGGCAAAAAUUCUUGAGCAUGAUUCGUGCAAUUUGCGUCUAUCCGGCCUUGCUCUUGUCAUUUCAUCCGCAACUGUGACACGACCAUUUACGGGCUCUACGUUGCGUUGUCUCGAGCGGAACUUCUCACACCUCUUUAUGGAGACAGAUCUUUACGUCAGGGGAGAAGUGCUCGUUUACGUUCAACGCUUGGUAGAUCGGAUUAAAGCAGCGACCGCGGCACUCACGAGAAUCGUAAGCAAAAGAAAAAGUGAAUGUGAUGACCGGGUGCUUGCUGCCACAGGCCAGGUGCACGACGAUAAUCCUGAGAUUGCGCUGAUGGUGCAUCGCCAGUUUCUACGCUCAUUCAUAAUUCUUGCCAAAGCCCAGCUCCAUCCAGCCGCUGCCUACCAACGUCACAUCUCUGGACUUCGAACCCUUAUCAUUCUCGCCAAGUCCGGACUUGAUGGACGCCUACCUCAGGAUCGAUUGUCCAAGCAAGCUCAAAGCAAGGAAGCUACAAAGUGGGCGUUCCAUGAGACCAUUUUUGAUAGUCUCCUCUCACGCUUACUGCAAGACCUUCUGAUGGACCCUUUCGAGGAUGUCCGUAGCUUUGCCAGCUCUCUUCUAGCAAUGCAAGCCUGCAUACCGCAACUCGCAUUUGGAGCGAUGCAAUCAAGGCUUCUGAGAAGAGCUGAGCAAUUAAUGUUGUCAACGGGACGUGCCGAUCACGCGGAUGGAGUUUCUCGAGCAAACGCCUUAAUUUUUGAGGCAGCUACUCACGCUGACUGUACAAGCGAUGAGCUUGUAGGGAGCAAAGAAGCUCACAUGGCUGGUCUCCUCGAGAGGCUCGAAGAACGAAUAACCUUGGCACAGAACGACCUCAAAUUGGCAGUUGGCAAAUUUCCUCUCCAUGGCGUGCUGGCGAGCAUCAGGCUUGUUCUCGAUAACUCAAAGCUCUACGACAAAUUAAACACUAGUGUACACACAGUGUGGCAAUCUUAUCAUGGCCGUCUCGUGAAAGCCUUAGGGGAGGUUUGGAACAGUGUUAAAGAUGUCCUUUGCAAUGAUGCUCCUGAAGGAUAUGUACCUGAAGAUAUGGAAGAGGAUAUCAGUAUUGGCACGAAAGACAUCCUUAGUUAUUGCUGGCGUGCACUAAAAGAAGCGAGUUCGCUACUUCGUGCGCUUGUUAGCAGAGCUUCUGUUGGAGACCGGGAAGAUUGCCUUCUGACGCCAGUGCAAUUCGAGACGUUAUCUCGACUAGCUUUCACGGAACUAGUGGAGCUGCGACACAGAGGUGCCUUUUCGGCAGUUUCACAAUCCUUUGCAGCCUGCUGCUCGAGGGCCAAUACAUUAAAACGAUAUGAUCUGCUGGAAAAACUCUUUGUUGACACAUUAAAUGCUAUCCAAGCCAAAGGCUCUGCUACAACGCGGAGGUCAGCGGGAUUACCCUCACUCGUUGUUGGCAUCUUUGGUGCUUGUCCAACGUCCGACCUAUUCAGACAGGGUAUGAAUGAUCUGAUUGCUGAGGCAAAACUAGCGCCGAAGGGAAAGGUUCUACAUGGCGAUUCCCUGCCUCAGGUACACGCCCUGAACUCUAUUCGAGCGAUAUUCAUCAACACUGUUCUUGGACAAUACACAGAACCGUACAUUGCCACAGCCCUCGACCUAGCCGGAAGAUGUCUUACUUCCGAUAUUUGGGCUAUCCGAAAUUGCGGCUUAAUGCUUUUCCGCGCUCUGAUAGAUCGCCUAUUGGGCAGCGCAGACUCUCAGAACUGGUCAGAGGACACGAUCGCUACGGCAAAGCCUCGUUCGUCAUAUAAUGAGUUCCCUAGGUUGCUGGAGAUGACUCUUGAUUUGCUCAAGCCAGCCUCAACAAGUCUAGAGUCAACCAGAAGCUCCUUGGAAAGUGUGUUCCCGGCGCUAAAACUCAUGCAGAGAAUGCCUCCUCCGACAUCAACGCGAGGCAGGGUUCGAGAGCUCGUCCUGCGUUUGUGUCAGAGUCCACACUGGCACGUGAGAGACAUGGCCGCUCGCACUUAUGCUGUGCUCCUACCCAUUACUGAACGAUGUAUGAUUGCUACAACGUUGAUCCCUGAACUGGAAACUCCCCAAAAUGUCGCUCACGGUCAACUGCUUUGCAUCUCCUAUGCUGUUAAACUCGAGAUCCAAUCGUCACAACCAGACUAUGAUGCCAUGAGAGGCCUCGAGCAGAUGCUAAAUCGUGAAAUGUCAUAUUUGAUGAAAGAAGACCGUUCUCCGUUUUGCAGGACGGUUUAUCUCGAUAUUCUCAACAUGAUCGGACUUCAUCGUCUCAAGAACCAAAUAGAUAUUGGUUUGUCAGACCAUCACACGAUUUCAAUGAAUGAGAUUGAGCAGGUCUUUGCAGAGGCGCCAACUAUUCGAAGAUCGCUAGCACUUCAUGUGCUUCUUCGAUACAUAUUUAGCUCCCAGGAGCUUGGCGAGGGAGAUUUGAAUCCAAGUCACCAGGCUACGGUCAGCCUUUCCAAUUAUCUCGAUUUGUUAGAGGUCAUAGACGCUCGAGUAACAUUGCAAGUCCUCGAAUCCGUAAUCGAUAUGGCACAGAACAUACCGAAUUCAAGUCUUGAGGUCGUAGCAAAACACUUAUGUUGUGCAGCCAGCAAAGGCGAGCUCCAAGACCCUCAUGUCCUGGGGACCUCUCGUAUGCUGCUCGUGAGACUGUACGAGACACUUGGCCGAACUGAAAAUUUCUUUUAUGACUCGUUGCGAUCAGAGGAUAUGAAGUGGACCAUUUGCAAUGCCACGUCUAUGCCGCCAUCACUUCUCGAGAAUACUGUACUACUCUGGGGUCCGCUUUUAAACAAGGCUUGCAUGGUUAACGCAAAUGACGCUGAGCUUCUUGAAGAUCUUGACACCCUUGCCAUGGCCUUGCGGCCCUUGAUUGAUGAGCAUCAGUCUAUCGAUUUGCGCCUCGCCGUCGUCCGGUGUCUUGCAAGUAUUCAAAACCUGUGGAAACCUGAUCUAAGCAUUGAGCAUAAAUCUUACAUGGAGAGGAUUCGACUAAAGUUCAUAUUGCUUAUCUAUGACCUGCUCAAUGACGACGACGAGGGCAUUCGCAGUAUUGCUACCACCAUCUGUAGUGCGAUACUGUCAGAGGGCAAGCUCUCCGGCCAAACCACAAAUGCUGUUCCGCUUCUUGCGAGUCGUAAGCUGAUCGCUCACAUUCGAAUGAAAUACUCUCACAUGCCAGAAGUAUUUGAUCAAGCCGUUCUGCGAAUGAAAGGUUUCCGAACACAGAGCUGCGCCAACGUAUUUGCCGAUGUUAUUGCAGAGAACACUGCGCUCUUCGCAGUCGAAAAGCAAAACCUCUUUUUAGAUCCUAUUCGAGAAGCUAACCACUGGUCUCAACUCUUGAAAUGUAUUCCGGAGAUAAAGCAUGUACCACAGGUGCACGUGCGGAGCUUUUUCGAGUGGACCAAGGAAGGCUUGGACUUGCUUCAAGCCUACAUAGAGCAUAACAUGGACGGGGUGCUAGGAUGGACGUCAAAACCAAACAUGUUUGUUUUUGGCAUGCAAGUGUGGUGUGCAGUGGAUGUAGUUUUGGUGUGGAAACGAAGGUUUCAGUUGGAGCUUGACGUGGUGACAAAGUUGACGGACAGACUGGCGCAUGUCUUGACUCUCUCAAAAAAACAAGAGGUGCACCCUCUGUGGUUGGAGAAGCUCGAGAAGAUGUUGUCCCGAGAAGUCGAGUCGAGGAUACAGAACGGUGCGGCAUUUGCUAAUCUCCGGUCGGCAAUGGCUGCUCUACCUCCAAUGCAGACGAUGGCAGACUAAGCAACAAGUCUGUGAUGCUCUCCACUGCGGCUGACCAGCAAUGGCUUUUCGGCUUGCUAAAAGUCUUAAUACUCUAUCGGAAGUUCCGCGCGACUGCGCCGUUGAGGAGUCAUUACAAACGUCAAUUAACGAGCUCCAUAGUAACCCGUGCUCAGGCAGUUCCGCCUUUCAGGCUGAACACGAACAAUUUGCGUAUUCGAAUUAUAUUUUUUCGAUUCCAAUCGGCAUAUUAUGGCUGUUCAUCUCCACAUGCUUCAAUUUGCAGUGGUACAGACAAAUUUUAUGACAGUGUAUUUGGCUAGGUGUGCCUCGCAUAGCUUCCUUCAUAGCCUUGCCAGAUGGGAGUCGAACGGA